CCUCCCUCCCCGCGUUGGUUUGUCCCCCUCCCCUCCAGCUUUGGUUUGUCCCUCUCCGGCCGCCGUGCCGCAGUGCAUGCUGGGUCCUCCCAAUAUGGCGGCGUCCGUCUCCCUGCGCUGAGGAGAUUUCCGUGCUCGGUUUUGAGGGCAGAGGAGGCGCGCGGAUCCCCGGGAUGUCUCUGCAGGGCCCGGUCCCCGGCCUCGGAGACGAUGAGGAGACGGAGCUGAGUGACUGGGGCCUCCCGGCGGCCUUCAUGAAGAAGCGGCAUCUGGAGAAGAUCGAGGGCUGCAAGUCCCUGGCGCAGAGCUGGAGGAUGAAGGAUCGGAUGAAAACGGUCAGUGUGGCCCUUGUGUUGUGUCUGAAUGUUGGAGUUGACCCACCAGAUGUGGUGAAGACGACCCCUUGUGCCCGUCUAGAAUGUUGGAUUGAUCCUCUGGCGAUGGGUCCCCAAAAAGCGUUGGAAACCAUUGGUGCCAACCUGCAGAAGCAAUAUGAGAACUGGCAGCCACGGGCACGAUACAAGCAGAGUCUGGACCCCACGGUGGAUGAAGUGAAGAAGCUCUGCACCUCCCUGAGGAGGAACGCCAAGGAGGAGCGGGUCCUGUUCCACUACAAUGGACACGGAGUUCCUCGGCCCACGGUCAACGGAGAGAUUUGGGUUUUCAAUAAGAAUUACACCCAGUACAUCCCGCUCUCCAUAUAUGACCUGCAGACGUGGAUGGGGAGCCCCUCCAUAUUCGUGUACGACUGCUCCAACGCCGGACUCAUCGUCAAGUCCUUCAAGCAGUUUGCUCUGCAGAGGGAACAGGAGCUGGAGGUCGCUGCUAUUAAUCCCAGUCACCCCCUGGCUCAGAUGCCUCUACCGCCAUCUAUGAAGAACUGUAUCCAGCUGGCUGCCUGUGAUGCCGAGGAGCUGUUACCUAUGAACCCCGACCUUCCUGCCGACCUCUUCACCUCCUGCCUCACGACCCCCAUCAAGAUAGCGCUGAGGUGGUUUUGUAUGCAGAAAAGUAUCAAGCUGGUGCCCGGCGUCACCCUGGACCUCAUCGAGAAGAUUCCCGGCCGAUUGAACGACAGACGAACGCCGCUCGGAGAACUGAACUGGAUCUUCACGGCCAUCACUGACACUAUAGCCUGGAACGUUCUACCGCGAGGUACGGGGGGUGGACUGUGCUGCUGA